GUACCAUGAAAAUUGAAACUGAAAGAAAAAAGGUGUUAUGACUUGAAGAAGAAGACAUUCAUAAAUUUGAAGGGAAGAACAAUUUCUGGGAAAGUGACAGAAAAUGGCUUCCGCAACUCAGGAACCAAUUCUCUCAAGGAUUGAUCGUUUGGAUAAUUUGUUGAGGCAAUUGGAGGAAAUUAGAGGUUGCAAUCGAUCACCAAAGAGCUCGUGCGCAUCCACACCAACAAGCGGAUGUGAUGGACGCGUUUCCUCCGUCGAUUUCUCCCCGAGGAGCUUGGAGAAGCAGUGCCGUCCGAUGGAGAACGUGAUGAUGGAGACGGAAGCGAAGGGAACAGUGAUAGAGAGGCUGAAUCAGGUGGAGGAUCGACUGCUGAAGCUUUGUUUGCAGGUGGAGGAAGUGUGGUUAACAAAGGGGAGUGCAAUAAGUAAAAGUCCAAAGAAAGGUUUGAAACAGAUUGUGAAGCAAUGUGUGAGAGCUAAAGGAAGAAGACAUUACAAUAAAGAACAAUAAAUUAAUAUAUUAUUAGGAUUUGUGCCAAUGUUUUUCAAUUUUAAUGUACAUUUAUGGUUUCUUUUGUGAAAUGCAAAUCAAACUACUUCUCAUUUUUCCA